AUAGGACAGAGUAGAACUUCCCCAUAGGGUUUCCAAGGCUAUAAGUCUUUAUGGAAACAGGCUGUCACAUCUUUCUCCCUUGGGGUGACAGGUGGAUAGCAGCCGAGUGCUUUAAUCACUGCACACUAAGGCUCCUCACACAGAAAUUAAAUACUUCAUAUUUGAGUAUGAGAAAGGAAGUUACUCUCUUAGUUUUAAUAUUUAUUAACCUAACUUCUUCAUUAAUUCCAGAAGCAAUUGCCAAGAUGAAGACUGCUUUAAUUUUGCUGAGCCUUUUGGGAAUGGCCUGUGCUUUCUCAAUGAAAAAUUUACAUCGAAGAGCCAAAUUAGAGGAUUCUGAAGAAAAUAGGGUCUUCAAGUUCAGGCCACAAUAUUACCUUUAUAAGCAUGCCUACUUUUAUCCCCCUCAAAAACGAUUUCCAGUUCUGAGCAAUAGUGACUCAUCUGAAGAAAAUGGAGAUGGCUAUAGUUCGGAAGAGGAAGAGGAAGAAGAGGAGUCUUCAAAUGAAGGAGAAAACAAUGAAGAGAAUGAAGAGUCUAAUGAAAAUGAAGAAGAAGAAUCUGAGGCUGAGAACACUACGCUUUCUACUGCAACCCCUGGCUAUGGAGAAGAGACCACACCUGGAACAGGGAGCCUAGGAUUAGCUGCAAUCCAGCUUCCCAAGAAGGCUGGGCAUACAGGAAAUAAAGUUACCAAAACAGAGGAAAGUGAUGAAGAAGAAGAAGAGGAAGAGAAUGAAAAUGAAGAAAAUGAAGCUGAAGUGGAUGAAAAUGAGCAAGGCAUAAACGGCACCAGCACCAAUAGCACAGACACAGAAAAUGGCAAUGGUAGCAAUGGCGGAGACCAUGGAGAAGAAGAAGGUGAAGAAGAAAGUGUCACUGAAGCCAACGCAGAAGAAGCCACAGUGACUGGAGAACAAGGUAAUGGUGGCUUGGAGACAACAGCCUCUCCAAAUGCUGGGUUUCAGCCUACAGCCCCACCACAGGAUAUCUAUGGGACCACCACUCCACCAUUUGGAGAAAUUACCACCACUGGAUAUGAGUACGAACAGACAGGCACCAAUGAAUAUGAUAAUGGAUACGAAGUCUAUGAAAAUGAGAACGGGGAACCUCGUGGGGACAAUUACCGAGCUUAUGAGGAUGAGUAUAGCUACUAUAAAGGGCGGAGCUACGAUGGCUAUGAUGGCCAGGAUUAUUACUACAACCAUUGAAGCUCAAGCCUGGGAUGAAGUCACCCAUUUCAGUGUUGUGUGUGGCUGCCGUUUUCAAAGUUCAACUCAGGAAGGUGCAGUGUAACAAAUGUGCAUAUAAUAAUUUGGAAUGGUGCCACUGUUCCAAAGUAUUUUUUCUGUAAUUGCUUCUGCGAAUAAUGGGGUUCUCAUUGCUUUCCCCUAGUAUGUUAUUGAAAGGUCAUUGUAAAACAGGGCCAUUUAACAAGCAGUAAACCAAUCCAUGAGAUAUAGGUUCCUUGAAUGUUUCGGGGUUGUAAUUCUAUAAAUUGUAUGUUUAACAUGUUUGCACUAUUGCUAACUACUAAAAAUAUUCUCUGUGCAAGAAGUGAUUCUAAGAAGAGAUUCAUUGACAUUAAUGACACCAUAUACAAUAAAUAUGUAGCUCUUUAAUCACACUACUUAUCCAACACUGUAUAUUAGGUUUAAUUAUCAUUCUUAUGUGUUUUUAUGCAAACAAUAUGUAUAUUCUAUCAAUGGAUUAUAUUUCAAAUAAAAA